UUUUAUCAUCUCAUUCUCCUAUUUGGAUGCUAUUGCUUAUUCUCUCUGUGUGUGCUGUUGCUUUCGACUUCAUUUUGAUAAUAAUUGCUUGUUCCCUGAGUCUCCUUAUUAGUCCUUUACAUGCCUUCUUUAUUUUCAAGUUUAAAAAGAUGUGUCUUUUUUUGUUAAUAAAAAUAUUAGGUGAUUUACUCCCACAUGGUUGGUAGAGUUACCUAGUACAGGGUGUUUGGAUUGCUUUUAAGCUCUUUUUAGUUUUUUUUCCGCGUUUCGCAAAGUUAAAAAGUGAUUAAAAUAAGUUAAGAAUUGCUUAAAACAAGCCAAAAUCAAUACCCCACUUAUUGUUUUUUGGCUUAAAAACUAUUUCUGCCGAAAAGCCACUUUUUUAAAGCCAAUCCAAGCGGGCUCCUAGUACUUUUGUUGGCGGGGGAGAUAGCAGGUACCUGAUGGAAUAAAUGAGGUGCGAUCAAGCUGGCUCGGACACCACCAUCGUAUCGACGUAUAUCUAUUUGAGCAGUAAAUUCGAGCAAUUUCCAAGAGCGGCUUUGACGGUCUCAGUAUUUUGCAGUUUUAGGUCAUAUUCAGAAGAUGGGUGGCAUUUGCUCUAGAAGAUUUGCCGCUGAGAGCACAACAGAUGGUGGCAUUCCACAUAGUAAUGGUGCUGAAAUUGUUUAUCCGUCACAUAGAUUGCCCACACAACUAAAUAGUGAUCCUAUGCAAUAUCCGGCUGGGGAAAGCACUGAUAACCAACUAAGUGAAUCAGCAUUAUUUUUUCCAGAGGUGAAUACGAUUUCCCGAGGGGCUCCUAUGGAUGAUAUUGAUGAUGGAAUUCCAAGAUUGUCCAGAGAUUUAUCAAAUAAAUCUAGAUCAACAAGGUCAAAGCAAGUUGCAAUUGCAAAGGUUUCAGAAGUAAGUUCACUGUUGGGGAGAGCUGGUACAGUGGGGUUCGGUAAAGCAGUAGAUGUGUUGGACACACUGGGUAGCAGCAUGACAAAUUUAAAUCUAAGUAGCGGUUUUGCGUCAAGCAUGGCAACAAAGGGAAUUACAAUAUCAAUUCUGGCAUUUGAAGUUGCAAACACCAUUGUCAAGGGGGCCAAUCUUAUGCAUUCCCUUUCACAAGAGAAUAUUAAGCAUUUGAAGGAGGUGGUUCUUCCUUCAGAAGGUGUGCAGCUAUUGGUAUCAAACGAUAUGGAUGAACUCUUGAGAAUUGCUGCAGCAGACAAGAGGGAUGAACUGAAAAUAUUCUCCGGUGAAGUGGUUCGUUUUGGAAAUCGCUGCAAAGAUCCUCAAUGGCACAGCUUGGACCGUUAUUUUGAAAAGUUGGAAUCUGAACUGACACCUCAUAAACAAUUGAAAGAAGAAGCAGAGGCUUUAAUGCAGCAGCUCAUGAUUUUGGUUCAAUAUACAGCUGAACUAUACCAUGAAUGUCAUGCAUUGGACAGAUUUGAACAAGAUUAUAGGCGUAAGGUUCAAGAAGACAAUACUUCAAAUCCUACUCAGAGAGGAGAUAGCCUUCCAAUUUUAAGGACAGAGUUGAAAAGUCAAAGGAAGCAUGUCAAAAGCUUGAAAAAGAAAUCCCUCUGGUUCAAGAUAUUGGAAGAGGUAACGGAGAAGCUAGUGGACAUUGUGCAUUUCCUUCAUCUGGAGAUCCAUGCUGCAUUUGGCUACGCGGAUGGAGAUAGACCUGUGAAAAACAACCACGAGAGGUUGGGAUCUGCUGGUCUUGCAUUGCAUUAUGCAAAUAUAAUCACUCAGAUUGAUAUACUCGUAACUCGAUCAGGGACAAUUCCCCCAAGUACAAGAGAUGCUCUAUACCAAGGGUUGCCACCAAGCAUAAAGUCAACUUUACGUUUCAAAUUACUGUCAUUCUCUCUCAAGGAAGAGUUGACAGUCCUGCAAAUCAAAGGUGAAAUGGAGAAAACAUUGCAGUGGCUUGUACCCAUGGCAACCAACACUACCAAGGCCCACCAUGGCUUCGGAUGGGUUGGAGAAUGGGCAAAUACAGGGUCCGAAAUAAACAGGAAACCUGCUAACCAAGUUGAUCUUCUUCGAAUCGAGACACUGUAUCAUGCAGAUAAGGAGAAAACAGAAGCAUUUAUUCUUGAAUUAGUGGUGUGGCUCCAUCAUCUAGUCAAUCAGUCAAGAAUUGUUGCUAGUGGUGGAGUAAGAUCUCCAAUCCGUCCCCCUAAUCAAAAGUUGAUUCAGUUCUCUACCCACAAACCAAGCUCUCCAUCUUCCCCGUUAACGGUUGAAGACCAAGAAAUGCUUCGUGAUGUAAGCAAGAGAAAACUAACUCCAGGGAUUAGCAAGUCUCAAGAAUUUGAUACUGCAAAAACAAGGUUGAGCAAGUACCACAGGCUAAGUAAGAGCAGUAGCCAUUCACCUAUAAGUGAAACCAGGAAAGACCCCUUUCCUAUCAGGAGACCGUCUUCGGUUCCAGGGAUCGACUUUGACAUUGACCGGAUGAAAGCUUUGGAUGUCAUUGACAGAGUGGACACAAUUCAAGGUGCAUAACGGUACAACAUUCGACUGCAUUGCCAACUCGGAUAUCAUGUGCAUAGUGGUAUAGUAAGAUACUAAAUUGGCAAAACGUAAAUGGGGGAUCAUUUAACUGGACAUCGGCUCUACUGUGAUGAUACAGCCAGCCCUAAUGCAUCAACAAAUCAUCUUCAUCAUCUUCCCUUGUAGUAUGGCCUAUUUACGUUAGGGAACCGGAUAUCUCUAACGCGUAGAGGAUCAGAGAUUUGUUGUAAUGCAAUAUUUCCAGAAUAUUCAGGGUGCUGCGGCGAGUGGAAAUGAUUUUUCUUCUAUAUUUGUUUUCUUAGAGGAAAAAAAAA